CUGGGCGAGAUUCCUGCCUCACAGCUGAUGCCUAAUGUCAUGCGCAAUCAUGCAACUGCAACAUGAGCUGAAGUGACGCAACAACGAGGAUUGGUGGUUUGCCUUUCUGACCUGGCCAGGCCUCUUGGCGGGCCUAAGAUGCUGGAGGCGCUUCCCCUAAGGCCCAACUCAAGAUGUCAGCGACCAAGGAGAUCUUUAGACCAGCCGUAGUAACUACAAUGACAUCUAUGCCCGGUGAGCCAAAGCAGCGCGGAUAAGGCUAACAUCAUUGAAAUCAUCCUAAGAAAGUGCUGUGCGGAUUGCGCUCUUGACUAAGGUGGCGCAGCGUCCACACCGGUCAGCAUGGAAUGAUGUAUACAUAUGCGGGGUUGAACACUUGCGUUUUCAAUUCAUACAUACUUCAAACUCCCAAAUCUGCCUGCAAUUUACGCACAGUAUUAAAUGGCCGCACCCCCACAGUUGCAACCAUGGACACUUGAUGUCAGUUCGCUUAUCGUCCUGAUCAGUGAAGACGAGGAGCGGAAUUACCGACUGAGCCGGCGAUCACUUCUCCAAUGCCUCGUGGCUGCUCCAGUUGUCGGUCUCCAGAAUUAUGUUCGAUCCUACGCCAUGUUACUCGACACGAGCGCUGAAACAUACUUUUCACCGUACGGAGUCAAAAGUGCCCCGCUGCGCAACAUCCAACUCUCGAAUGCUCUGAAGCUUAACAAACUCUUAGAAGAUGGACGAUAUACCGUUUACCAGAUACCGACCAGUAGUUCCAAGUCACAAAGCGUCAACAGGAAAAGCCAGACCUUUCUGGUACUUUGGACAUGUGCCACGUGGGCUUUUUUCGCCGGCUUGAUUUUUGGUAUAUGCAAGAGCGAUCAGACGACCUGGGUCUCGCUCGCGACUUGCAUUACGUUUACUGGUUGGUCUAUCAUGAUCCGUCUCAUUGAGCACGUCAAUGUUAUUCCCUCAACAAACGGCCUAGAUCAUGUCAACGAUCCGAACGCGCUUGACGCUGUAUUCAUCAUGGGUCGCAGCAACUCAGCGUUUGUUCUAGAAGGAAGUCGCAAAGAUGUCAAGAGCUGGACUAGCAGUGGUCUUAUCUACCGAGAAAGUCCGCUGGGAAUUCCCGCCUCAGUUUGGCAGCUCUUCACCAGGAUGGGCAGCCUCAUGGUUCUGCUCUCGUUCCUCACGAGUAUACCCAAUGGAAGCACGGCAGACCAAGUCGCUUUUGUUAUUCUCAAUAUCGUAGCGCAGGCUAAUGUUCUUGUUGGUCAGUGGGCAAAUAGCCAGUGCGUGCUGUCGAAGUUAUCCAUGAUUGAGAGUAUCAACGAUCCUCAAAACCUUACAAGAACGCACAUAUACGCAAAACUCAUAAGGCGGUUUUGCCAAGCUGAAGAUGUACAUGAAUGGGUAGAAGCAUCCAACAUGCUUCCAAGAACCGAGGUCUGGGACAGGUGGAAAGUGCAGAUCAAGGAAGACGCUCAAAAGGAUCCCAAAAAACUUUACCGAGAAAUUUCCAAUGACUUCGAAGAUUCGCGGAGAGCUGCGGUCUCUAAGCAAGACACAUACACAUCAGCGGAAAGCGCCUAACACAAGAACGUUGAGAAAUGAUAUUGAUAGGCAAGCAACGGCACAUACCCUCGACAACAGGACAUUUGGAAUCCGCUGUCUCCUCGCAUA